CCAUCCGGCAAGAUGGUCCCCUUGCUUUGUCUGCCCUGACCGGAGUUGUUUCGGUAUUUAGUGUUUCUUCUUACUUCCGUAUCAUCCGAAUAGCUGUACGUUUGAUUGACCCGGACUUCUUGCAACAUUAACUAAACGUGUCUCAACCAGUUACGCAAUGAUGUCGAUGAAAAGCAGGUAAAAUGAGUCUGCUUUCUUCUGAAUCAAACACAGACCAAAUGGCAGAGAAAGCAGAGGAGGCUGGGAGCUCAACAGACACUAUGAAGCCCUCCUCUUCUCGAAACAAGAGGAAGUCUGCUACUGUAACCAAGCACACUGAACAGAAUGAACCGGACUCGGCUGAGAGUCAAAAUGAAGGUGCCUCCUCUGACAACCCUUCAGACAAUAACACAGGCAGCGUAUCUAAAGGCACUUUAGUGAUGAGGCCAUCUGGGAAUGAAAACAAAGGCGCCAUGAAACUCAGAGUGGAUUUCAAACAGAAAAGUACAGAUGAUACCCUGCAGAAGAAGAUUAACUGCACUGCAUGCGGAAAACAAGUAUACCAGUUUCAGCGCAACUCUGUGUAUGAGCAUCCUGCGCUCAAAGUACUUAUUUGCAAGUCCUGCUACAAGUAUUACACAAGUGAUGACAUCAACAGAGACUCUGAUGGGAUGGAUGAGCAAUGCAGAUGGUGUGCUGAAGGUGGCAAACUCAUCUGCUGCGACUACUGCAACAACGCUUUCUGCAAGAAGUGCAUCCUGCGCAACCUGGGCAGGAAGGAGCUGUCAGUCAUCACAGAUGAGCUCUCAAAGUGGCAAUGCUAUGUCUGCAGGCCAGAGCCCCUCCAGGACCUGGUCUCCAAAUGCAGCAGCAUCAUGGAUAAACAAGAACUGAAGCAACGGAAAGUAGAGAAAACCUCAGAGGAGCGUGAGGGCAAGAGACACAAGAGCAAAGCAGUGAAAGAGCACAAAGCAGUGGUCAAUGGAAAAGAACACAUCGAAGGCUCAGGGACCAUGACAUUUUCCUACAAAAGACUGCAUGUUCCUAAAGAUCUUGUAAAAAAGGCAAAAAAGCUUGUUGAGACUACAACGGGUUUGAACAAUACGUUCAUCCAGUUCAUCCAACAGGCUGAAGAGGAUCAGGGAGAUAAGUCUAUCAGGUAUCGACAUUUGAAAGCCUUCAAGGCCGUUCUCGCUGAUUUGAAGAAAGCCCACAGUGCUUUGGAGGCGGCAUUAGGGCCCGAGUUCAAGAACAUGGAGCUGCAGAACGGGACUGAAGAGCAAGCUGUUGUAGGAAAGAGCACUGAAGUUAACGCCCCUGUAGAGAAAGACCACAGUGAAGAUGUGACGGAGGCAUUUGAUGAGGCGGACGCAGUCGAGGAGCAAGGCAUGGAACAGAUUGAGGCGCAGAAUGAGCAGCCAGCCGAGGAUUUUGAUGAGGAACCAGAUGAGCAGCAUAACAAGGAGCUCAACGAGCAGUGUAACGAGGAGCUCAACGAGCAGAGUAAGGAGGAGCUCAACGAGCAGUGUAACGAGGAGCUCAACGAGCAGAGUAAGGAGGAGCUCAACGAGCAGAGUAAGGAGGAGCUCAACGAGCAGAGUAAGGAGGAGCUCAACGAGCAGAGUAAGGAGGAGCUCAACGAGCAGCGUAACGAGGAGCUCAACGAGCAGCGUAACGAGGAGCUCAACGAGCAGAGUAGCGAGGAGCUGAACGAGCAGAGUAAGGAGGAAGUCAACAAGCAGAAUAAGGAGGGAGUCAACAAGCAGAGUAAGGAGGGAGUCAACAAGCAGAGUAAGGAGGGAGUCAACAAGCAGUGCAAUAUGAAGCUGAACAAGCAGUGCAAUGAGAAGCUCAACAAGCAGCGUAACGAGAAGCUUAACGAGCAACGUAACGAGCAGGACGCAGAUAGUGAUCAGACGUCAACGAAGACUGCAGUAAAAGACAACCAAACAGAAACUGUUAUAACCAAAAAGAUCAUUAAAACUGAAAUGUGUGAUGAGGCACUAAUGUCAACCAGUGAAAUGUCACUAGAUCAUGACAUUAUGUCAGUGUCUCCAUCGGUUCCCGAAGAGCUUUUUCAGAUGGUAGAAAGUCUGGCAGAUUCCAGCAUGCUCUCACAGAAAGACACUGAUUUGGUCAAAAACACUGACGCAAAGUCAGACAAGAACUCUACAACAAACUCCACAGACUCUCAGCGCCCCCAGCCAAAGGUUAAGAACCUUAUUGUCAAACUGACUCCUGUGCCUGUUGUGACAACACGUGGGUCAAGAACCUCCAGGUCCAAAAACAAAGAAAAGGAUGGAGAGGUUCCCAAAAAGUGUAAAGAAGAAAAAUGUGAGGAGACAGAAGAUAAUGCAGCAGUAGAUCAGACAGACAGCCCACCCCCCAGCCGCCGCUCUAGUAGAGUGAAGACCACCCCACUGAGGAAGCAGGCUGAGAGUAAGAGCAAGGACGAGUCUUCUGAGUCUGAGACAGAGGAGGAUAGUAAGAGCAAGGCCAAGUCCUCCAAGAAAUCUCGUAACACCCAAAAAGAAGAUGGGAAGGAGAGCAAGGCUUCAGAGAAAAAGACCAUAGAUUCGGACUCUGACGAAGUUCCAGACAUACUGUUAGAGAAAGCUGCAGCAGCAAACAGUACAGACGAGGAACAGGGGAGCACAAAUGCUAAAAAGUGUCUUUUCAAAUCAAACAAUACAUCAGCAAAGGAAAAAGACACCGCGUCCAAACGCAAAAGGAAGUCUGAAAGCUCUGAUUCCAAUCCAGAGGACAAAAAUAAAAAGGCUUCCAAGAAGAAGAAGAAACCAAAUGGCACGGAGUCAUCUGGGUCUGACUCUGACCAGGAGAGGGAAAAUAAGAGUAAAGUGAGCACAGCGAGGAGGAGAUCUAGCCGUGUGAAGAAGCAAGAUGAAGCGAAAGAGGAAGUCUCAGCCGAGAGGAAGGCAACUGAUCGGAAGAGGUCUUACGAAAAGAAGCGCAAGGGAAGAAGUUCCAAAGCAAACUCCAAGCUGCAGUCGUCGUCCAGUGAGGCUGAGGAGGAGGAGGAGGAGGAGGGGAAGCCUUUAGGAGACUCUGGAGAGGACAGCGAUGAGCAGAAGAUCAAACCCAUUGUGGAGGAUAAUGUGUUGGGAGCCAGUGGACCUUUUCAUCAAUCCUCAGGAGAAGAGAUGGAUGACAAAGAGAAACCUUCUGGGGUUUGUGAGGAUGAUGACGACGACGAUGAUGAUCCUGAGAACAGGAUUGCAAAGAAAAUGCUCCUCGCUCAAAUAAAAUCCAACUAUUCUUCCGGAGCUGAGAGCUCAUCUGAUAACGACGACGACGAUAAGGCAGAGAAGUCCUCCAAGAAAGUAAAAAAAGAGGACGAGGGAGAGGAGGAGCAAGAUUCGGAAUCGGACGCCUCUAGUUCUGAUGUUGAGGUGAAGACGUCAGGAAAACGUCACAAAUUGCUUCGUCGUAAGCUCUCCCUGAGUGAGGGUGAAUCAGGAGAGGAGAAAGACGCCAGUAAAGAGAAGAAGAAGAAGGGGGGCAAGAAGAAGUCCUCAAGGAAAGUGGGCAGCGAUGACUCAGCCGAUUCAGACUUCGAAAAGUCAGAGGACUCCAGCGAGGAGUCGGGAAUAAGCGAGGAACUCAGUGAAUCAGAGAAUGAAGGGAAGCGUCGAAAGACCAGAUCUUCCAAGAAGAAGAAGGAUGAGGAGAAACAGAGAAGUUACAAGCAGAAGAAAAAGCGACGCAGGAUCAAAGUUCAGGAUUCCUCUUCCAGCAACGAGAAGAGCGGAGAGGAUGAGGAGGAUGCGGAAGGCAAAAAGGCGCGCAAAAAGAUCCGCAAAAUUCUGAAGGACGACAAGCUGCGGAUGGAGACGAGAGAUGCUCUGAAAGAGGAGGAGGAUCGAAGGAAACGUAUAGCUGAGAGGGAGGCGCUAAGGGAGAAACUUCGAGAGGUCAUCGAGGUGAAAGAGUCAUCACAGAUGACCUGUCCCAUCACAACCAAGCUGGUGCUUGAUGCAAAUGAAGAAACCAAGGAGCCGCUGGUGCAGGUGCACAGGAACCUCGUCACAAAGCUCAAACCUCAUCAGGUUGAUGGUGUUCAGUUCAUGUGGGACUGCUGCUGUGAAUCUGUGAAGAAGAUGGAGAAGUCCUCUGGCUCUGGCUGCAUCCUUGCCCACUGUAUGGGACUGGGAAAAACUCUGCAGGUGGUGGCAUUCCUUCACACAUUGUUACUGUGUGAGAAGCUGGACUUCAGCACAGCGCUGGUGGUUUGUCCUCUGAACACUGUCCUUAAUUGGCUGAACGAGUUUGAGAAGUGGCAAGUGGGAAUGCAAGAUGAUGAGAGUUUACAGGUGAUUGAACUUGCCACAGUGAAGAGGCCUCAGGAACGAGCUUAUGCACUCCAGCAAUGGCAAGAGUCGGGGGGUGUUAUGAUCAUCGGCUACGAGAUGUACCGAAACCUGACGCAGGGCAGAAACACCAAGAGCAAGAAACUCAAAGAGAUCUUUCAGAAGACUCUGGUAGAUCCAGGUCCGGACAUGGUGAUUUGUGAUGAAGGUCACAUCCUGAAAAACGAGGCGUCUGCUGUGUCUAAAGCGAUGAAUUCCAUCAGAACAAGGAGGAGGGUUGUGCUGACUGGAACUCCUCUGCAAAACAACCUUGUUGAAUACCACUGUAUGGUGAACUUCAUUAAGGAGAACCUGCUUGGCUCAGUAAAGGAGUUCAAGAACCGUUUCAUUAACCCAAUCCAGAACGGUCAGUGUGCUGACUCCACGUCACACGAUGUCCGGAUCAUGAAGAAGAGGGCUCACAUCCUGUAUGAGAUGCUGGCCGGCUGUGUCCAGAGGAAGGACUACACUGCGCUCACUAAGUUCCUGCCUCCUAAACACGAGUAUGUGCUGUCAGUCAGAGUGACCCCGCUCCAGUGUAAACUCUACAGAUACUACCUGGAGCACUUCACAGGUGUGGGGAAUGCUUUGGAGGGGGGCCGGGGCCGCGCAGGGACCAAACUCUUCCAGGAUUUCCAGAUGCUUAGCAGAAUCUGGACACAUCCCUGGUGCCUUCAGCUGGACUACAUCAGUAAAGAAAACAGGGGUUUCUUUGACGAGGACAGUAUGGACGAGUUCAUCGCUUCAGAAACGGAUGAAUCCUCCAUGAGCAUGACCUCUGAGGAUGAGAAGAAAAAGAAAAAGAAGGGUGGGAGGGGUAAAAAGAAGGGAUCUGAAGACUCGGACAGUGACGAUGUGGAGGUCAUCAAGGAGUGGAACUCCAGCUCACGGGGCAAAAAUGGAUUGGGCCGAAAUAGACCAGAGCCUGUAGAAGAAGAACCAGCUCCGCACACCGGCUCAACACCAGGCAGUCCCACUCCUGACUGGCACAAGGAGUUUGUCACUGAGGCGGACGCUGAGAUCUUGUCGCACUCUGGGAAGAUAAUGCUCCUUUUUGAGAUCCUGCGCAUGGCAGAAGAAGUUGAUGAGAAAGUGUUGGUCUUCAGUCAGUCACUUAUCUCUCUGGAUCUGAUUGAGGAUUUCCUGGAGCUUUCUUGCAGAGCCAAAGAUGAAGGCAAAGUCUCUCCAUACAAAGGCGAUGGCAAGUGGUUCAGGAACAUUGACUACUAUCGCCUGGAUGGCUCCACCAACGCGGUGACCAGAAAGAAGUGGGCUGAGGAGUUUAAUGACACCAGUAAUAUAAGAGGUCGCUUGUUCCUCAUUUCAACGCGAGCUGGCUCACUGGGCAUCAACCUUGUGGCAGCCAACAGGGUCAUCAUCUUCGACGCCUCCUGGAACCCCUCCUACGAUGUCCAGAGUAUCUUUAGGGUCUACCGAUUCGGACAGAUUAAGACAGUCUAUGUGUACAGGUUCCUGGCCCAGGGCACGAUGGAGGAGAAGAUUUAUGACCGACAGGUAACCAAACAGUCUCUGUCGUUUCGAGUGGUUGACCAGCAGCAGAUUGAGAGGCACUUCACCACCAACGAGCUGGCCGAGCUGUACCACUUUGAGCCCGACAUGCUGGAUGAUCCCUCAGAGAAGAAGAGCAAGAAAGCCACACCUUUACUCCCUAAGGAUCCCUUCUUGGCUGAGAUGCUGCAGAACCACAAGGACUACAUCGUAUGUUACCAUGAACAUGACUCCCUGCUGGAUCACAAGGAGGAGGAAGCCCUCAGCGAGGAGGAUCGCAAGGCUGCCUGGGCCGAGUACGAAGCUGAGAAAAAGGGUAUGUCCAUGAGGAACAACUACCAGACACAAUACUCCCAGAUGGACAUGGGCAACUCCAGCUACUUCUCUUACAACGUGGCCGCUUUGGCCUCCAUGACCAACCAGCAGCUGGAGGAACUUAUAAACCAGGGAAGACAGAAAGUCAUUGAAGCAACAAACGCAUUAAAGACAUUUUGCCGAGAGUCAAUGGAAGAUACCAUCGCCAGAGUGUGGAAGGAGAACGCGUCUCUCACAGAGAGUCAGGUCCAGUCUAUCGCUCUGGGUCGACAGGCCAGCAUUGAGCUUGAGGUGAAGCGCAGAGAGGCCGUCUACAGAGACGUCCUCACCCGGCAGCAGACGCUGAUGAUGUACGUGCAGAAGCUGAUCACCAACAGGAAGGUGCAGGAGCAGCAACUGGCCAUGGCCAACCAGGCCAGUUACCUAAACCAGUUGGCCCUGCAGAACGGCAUGAUGGGAGGAGGCGGCGGGCUCAGCCAGAUGGACCUGCUGGGGCUUUACCAGCAGCUUCACGGCCUCAACCCCCCCCAAGGCAUGGGCAAGAAUCCUGGGCCCUCCAAGGGCCUGUAGGUCAGAAGAACACUUCCUUGCCCACCCACACCACUCUGCUAGUCGGCUCCCAGUGGCUCAAACCCAGCGAGGUCCAGUCCUCUGUAACAAAACGCACUGUGAGGCCUCACAGAGUUCAAAGCAAACUGGUGCACCCAGGCAGAGGGUGGAGAAGUUUGAAACCAGGCUGCUGUCCACUGGGGGGAUAUACUCUCAGUUCUUUAUUGUGUAGUUCACUGAGAGACGCUGGUAUAUAAUGUAUAAAUGACUGUGUACUAGGAGUCCAGUAGAACAGAAAAAAAAUGUAUAUACAGCCUUAAUGUUAUUCAAAUUCUACAUCUUCAUUUUUCAUGUAUUUAAAGAUGACUUUUAUCCCCAGUGCUUUAAAGCAUUGUAUUGUUUUGCCCUUAAAUGAGGAUUUCGUUAUUAUUCAAACUCAGUUUUUUAUACUGUUUUAAAUGACUAAUUGAACCUGAGUGGGACCAGUGUAGUGGCAGGUGACAGGACUCUAUUAUGUAAAGCUCUUCAGGAUCAUAAACCCUGGUAGAUUCCUUCACCAAUAUCUAGCAAAGCAGACAGCUGAUGGUGCUGCAAAGUCCUGCUCUCUUUUGGAGUUAAAAGAAAUUGAUAAAUCAACAAAAACCGAAGAAAAAGAAAAAAUAUGGCCUUAUAUUUGUUUCUUAAAAAAACUGUAAAGAUCUGAGAUUUGUUGAGAAUAUUUUCUAUUCUGCUUUUAAUUGUUUACAUUAGUUGUUGCUGAACAUGGUAAUGGAAUGCUUGUGUUGUUCAAAACUGCCUGCCGGUUCCUAUGACCUUUUUGUAACAUCAUCCUCAUUGUCACGUGUUGUCUAGCAUAGCGCUGUGCGUCCUGUUCAUUGUUUAUGUUCCACUUGUGUUGAUCCCAAGCUUGGGUGAGCAACUGGGUCUCACAAGCACAGACAGUUCAGUGGGGCACCCCAGGGCCCACAAGUUGUCACAUUACUUUUCUUUCAAAAAAAAAUGUGUGUCUCGGUGGAUUUGAUAGAAAAGUAAGGACUGUUAAUCUUGUAAUACCUGGCUGAUCUGCGUCCUUUGCUUCAUGAGAAAUGCCUUCUGGACCCUGUAGUCUCACCAGGCACGCCCCUAAAGCAACUGUAUUCUACCUUGGCACAUGUUUUCUUCUAAACUCUGGUGUACCUGUUAUCCAUGGGGAUUAUGUACAGUUCUCAUGAAGAGACCCCUGCUGUCUCACGUUGGCUCCUGUGUUUGCACAAAGUGUAUUUCAUAAAUGUAGAGACACUUUUUGGCCCUCCUCUAAGAAUGUUCUUAUGUUAACAAAUACACCACCAUGAUCUGCCAUGAAUCUGAUCUGCUAUUAUCUUGAUAAGUAUUUAAUAUGACAUUUAAUAAAGUGACCAAAAGAGUGAAAAA